AUGGCUGGCAAAACCAUUGAGACGCGGCUGUUCAUUAACGGCGAAUUCCGGCCAUCCUCAAAUGACGAGACCUUCGAUCUGUUAUCUGCAAGGUCCGGAUCGUUAUUAGCCAAAGGCAAGUCUGCCAAGCUCAGAAUGAUUCUCGCCGUCUCGCAUGCUUUACACGAGGCGACCAAGGAAGAUGUAGACGACGCAGUAGCAGCAGCCAAAGCUGCCUUCCCCAAAUGGGCUGCUCUAUCACCAUACGAAAGAGGCAGAUAUCUGGUUCGACUUGCCGAUCUCAUCGUGGAGGCUAAUACAGAGUUGGCGAUGCUAGAGGCUGAGUCCAUGGGUAGACCUGUGUCAACAUAUUUUGAUGCGACUGUGGGCUCUAAGUACUUUCGCUACUUCUCUGAGGCAGCAUAUCCUCAAGGAUCGUCAAGCUUGAAUACCCCUGGCUUCAUGAACAUCACCUUGAAGCAACCGGUGGGCGUCGUUGCGGCCAUCAUUCCUUGGAAUGCGCCUCUCAUCUUCUUCUGCAAGAAACUGGCGCCAGCUUUGGCUGCGGGCAAUACUGUCGUGCUCAAAUCCAGUGAAAAAGCACCCUUGACAUCCCUCUAUGUUGCUGGACUUGCCAAGAAAGCAGGCUUUCCGCCAGGCGUACUCAACGUUCUCUCUGGCCAAGGCCCUGUCUCUGGCGCAGCCCUGGCAUUGCACAUGGAUGUGCGGACUCUAACGUUUACGGGCUCCAAUCGAACGGGCAAGCUGAUCUCCAAGAUGGCUGCUGAUUCAAAUCUGAAGAACUUGAUCUUUGAACUCGGCGGCAAGUCGCCGGCCAUAAUUUUCGACGACGCCGAUAUCGAUGCUGCAGCUCGGGAUACGCAGUUCAGCAUCCAGCUUAUUAGUGGUCAGACCUGCAUGGCCAAUUCGCGCAUCUACGUUCACCGCAGCAUCGCCGAGUCGUUUAUUGCAAAGUUCAAGAUUGCAUUCACUUCCGCUCGGUUAGGAGAUCCGGCGGAUCCGAACACUAACCAUGGGCCUCAAGCGGAUAAGAUCCAGCACGCUACCGUUCUGCGGUAUAUAGAACUGGGCAAGACAUCAGGAAAACUGCUAACUGACGAACAUUCCGCGUCUGGAUUGUAUAUCAACCCCACGAUAUUCACGGACGUGCCCGAAAACGCACAGAUCAUGAAGGAAGAGAUCUUUGGGCCAGUGGUUAUUAUUAACACGUUUGAUACAGAAGAAGAGGCUGUGGCGAACGCGAAUAAUACCGAACACGGGCUUUACGCGGCGGUGUAUACGAAGGAUUUGGACCGCGCCAUUCGGGUUGCCUCGAGGCUAGAGGCGGGAACAGUGGGAGUAAACUGCACCAGCCCUACGAAGGGUGAUGACAUGCCGUUUGGCGGGCAGAAAGGGAGCGGGUUACAGAGGGAAAGCUAUAUACACAGCAUGGAGACGUUUAUGGAAACUAAGUCGGUUUUAAUCAAGGUGGACCGACUGUGA